AUGCCAAGAGAGACAGCCGCCGAAUAUCGGUACAAGCUUCGGGCCGUGGCCGAGGCGCUCGAGACCUGGGCCCAGACACCAGACGGACAGAGAUGGAUGAUUGCCAAGAAGAGGAGGUUUAGGAGAUGGUUGAAGCGUGAAUUUCCUCCUAUUGAGGAGAGCUCAGCUGAAGAAGACGACCCGGACUCUGCCCAGGAAGAAGAGGCGAAUGACGCCAUCGGCAAGGAGCGCGCCAACCAAGGAGCGUGCAAGCCGAGCGCGUCUUCGCAAGAUGCAUCAGCCAACUCCGUCCCGGAUGCAGACGACAAACUCCAAGAGAUCUUCCGAGCGGCUGGCGACAAAAUUCGAAAGGACACGGGCCAGAAGAACGCUGGCCAGAAGCACACGGCUGAAAGUGAUGACGAGGACUCGGAAGAGGCAAUUCGAGCGCAACUGAGUCGACAGAAGAUGUUGAAAAAGAGGUUCGAACGUAAGAAGGCAAGAUCCACCAAGAAGAUAAAGAGCGUCUAG